AUGAUUUAGCUCUUUGAAGUAAAGACAUAAAUUAGUUCUAUCAAACGUCAUUUAAGUCCAAAUACCCCUUCAAAAAAUUAAUGCAUUGAUGGUGGUUAAUUUUUAGAUUUAGACUGCAUAAAUUAAAUAGGCUAUGAUUACUCUAAAAAGUGUACUAGUGCUUCAUAAUUUUCUUCGGGAUGUUGUAUAACUACAUCUAGCAAUCCUUCUGAUGCAUAUUGCUUAAAUGAUCAUAAUUUUUGUGUUAAAUUUGAUAUAAAUAGUAUGAAAAAUACAUGUAUUUAAAAUGGAGAAUGUAUACAAUUUAAUCCUUAAUCUUAAAUGACGUUUAUAGCAGUGGAUAUAACUGGAUUAUGUAUUAACACCUUACCAAGUAAAAACUAUAUUAAAUAAUGUAUACAACCAGAUAAAUAUUGCAUAAGUAGCGAUAAAUCAAAUUGUCUAUCUCUUCAAAAUAACCCAAAUUUGAUAGGAAUCAAUUAAACACUUGGAGUAUGCAUUCAAAAUAUACAUGAAAUAAUACCUGCAGGAUAAAAAAUUAGUUUAUAAAAUGGAUAUUGCUUAGACCCAUAAAAAAACUCAGUUGAGUCUGCGUUCACACCAACUUAUAUAGGAAUUGAUUAAUCAUUUUACUGCGUUUUUCCUAAUCAAAGAUCAAGUGAUAAUAUUAAAAGCUGUAUUUAAGGUUAUUGUUCUAAUUCUAAUUAUUGCUUAUAGCUAAGUGAUCUAAGCAAUUAAUUUACUUCAAGAUUAGAUGAUGCAAACAAUAAUAAAUGUGAUUUUAACAAUACACCUAAUGCUACUUAGUGUUCAAAAGAAAAAAACUCCUGUUUUGACUCCGUAUCAUAAUAAUGCAAGUCAAUAUAAGGCAAUUAAAUAUAAUUCAGUGGAGUUGACACAAACGGAAAUUGUGUAUAGUUAGACACUUUUGUGCCAAAUUUAUUUAAAUGUGGUUCCUAGUUUUGCAUAAUAACUUCUUCAAAUAUGAAAAAAUGCACUUUUAUAUCAGGGAGUUCAUCCACUAUGGGAGUUGAUGCUCUUGGCUUUUGCGUUAAUUCUGAUUCACCAGCUGUUAAAUGUGCAGAUGUGCCAUAAAUAUGCUAUGAUUAAUCAAAUUAGUGUUGCUUCUUUUUAUCAUCAAAUAUUUUAGACAAAAGAGUGGGUAAGGAGUAACUAACCGGAUAUUGUUUACCUUUUAAGGACCCAACAAAAACAACUGGAAAUUAAAUAGAAAGAUGUGCUGAUGGUUUUUGUUUAUACACUCUAAGUUCAACCAGUUAAUAGUUUUGUAUCAUAUUAGGAUUUAGUGUAGGAAAAAUGCAAUAUGUAGGGAUAGAAUAAAAUACUUAAAGCUGUCUUGCUUUAAACUAAACUACAAAAAUAGGAAUAAUUGAGUGCUAUAGCAUUUUAAUUUGUAUAUAAUAUGAUUCUUCUAAUCUGAACUAUCAAUGCACGAAGAUUACUAAUUCAAACCAAAACCUUGUAUCUAAAAAUGCAAAUCAAACUUGUUAAUAAUAUAAUUAGU